AUGGAAUACUACCACAUAGCAGCCCCGGCAAACCAGCGGACCCUAGCUAUUCCGGGGUUAUUUGCUCCAGUUCCAAAGCGAAGUCCAGACAAAUAUAGUCAGAAUGCGAACAAUAACCAGAAAAAGUGCUCCCAACAAGCCACUGCAUUUUUUAAGGAUAGUGUUAAGCGGGCUCAAGAGAGGAAUCAGAGACAAAGUGAGACUGAGAGAAGGCUCCAGGAGCCCAACGUCGGUCAAGAAAAACGAGAUCAAAUCUGGUUGACUACUGGCCGGAAAGAAGGACAAUACUUACGGUUCUUACGGACUAAAGAUAAGCCUGAGAACUACCAAACAAUUAAGGUCAUUGGCAAGGGCGCUUUUGGUGAAGUUAAAUUAGUACAAAAAAAGGCAAACGGCCAGGUCUACGCAAUGAAAUCUCUGAUUAAAACAGAGAUGCUUCAGAGGGACCAGCUUGCACACGUUCGAUCAGAGCGCGACAUCUUAGCAGAGGCUGAAAGUCCUUGGGUUGUGAAGCUUUUCACUACUUUCCAGGAUGCAUAUUUUCUUUAUAUGCUCAUGGAAUACUUACCUGGUGGUGAUUUAAUGGCAAUGCUCAUUAAAUAUGAGAUCUUCUCAGAAGAUAUAACCCGGUUUUACAUGGCAGAAUGCAUAUUAGCUAUCGAGGCAGUUCACAAACUGGGCUUUAUCCAUCGAGACAUCAAACCAGACAAUAUCCUCCUAGACCAUGGUGGCCAUGUUAAAUUGACCGACUUUGGCCUCUCUACCGGCUUUAAUCGUCUGCAUGACAACAGCUACUACCAACAGCUACUGCAGGGAAAGUCCAAUAAACCAAGAGACCGAAGCUCAGUUAUUGACCAGAUUAACCUUACUGUUAGUAAUCGGUCGCAGAUUAACGAGUGGCGACAGUCGAGGAGAUUAAUAGCAUACUCUGCUGUCGGAACACCUGACUAUAUUGCGCCUGAGAUAUUAACCGGCCACGGUUAUUCAUUUAGCUGCGAUUGGUGGUCCCUUGGCACAAUUAUGUACGAGUGCUUAGUAGGAUGGCCUCCAUUUUGCGCCGAGGAUAAUCACGCCACGUACCUAAAGGUUGUGAACUGGAUGCAGACUUUGUGUUUUCCCGAUGACAUUCAGCUUGGUCCAGAAGCUGAAAAUUUCAUCCGAAGAUUGAUCUGCAAUCCCGAGGACCGAAUUGGGUGUGGCGGGGCGCAAGAACUCAAGGCACAUCCUUUCUUUCGGGGAGUCCAGUUUGACAGCCUACGCCGUGUCAGAGCACCAUUUGAGCCGCGAUUGGCUUCCAGUAUCGACACCACGAAUUUCCCCACAGAUCAGAUCGAUCAGACCGACAUGGCCAGCCGACUUAAGGCCCAGGCACUACAAGGCGCCGAAACGCCGUUGGAGGAUUCGCUGGAGAUGAGUUUGCCUUUUAUCGGAUACACCUUCAAGCGGUUCGACACCAAUUUCCGUUAA